AAAUGACAUAAUUUUGCGUUCAAUUUGUUGUGAUUUGAAAGCAUUUGUUGACAAAUAAGACAACAAUUAAUGCAUUAAUGCCUCACUUGUUGUGACACUCAGUACACCACUUGUCACUCAAUUGUCACUCAAUUGUCACUCAAUUGGGUCCAUAAGUGAGCACUCAUUGACACCAAACACUCGCUGUGGUGGUUAUCACAGUCAACUGAUCCGUUGGUGGUGUGGACAGCUCACUGUCAAUGAUGUCGAUGAUGUCGAUCACAAAUGUGGUGCUAUUGUCUCAAUCGGCGGUCUAUACGGUGUCGGCCAUCGUCUCCCUCUGCGUGUGGAUACCAAUGAGUCUUCAUUUAUACAGUUUCUGUGGCCACUGUUCCCUCUAUAGUACGGGACAGUAUGUCGAGGAGGACGGAUCCUUUGACCCCAACUGGUCCUCAGUCUUCCACUGCGUCUUCACCCUCACCACAGCCAUCAUCCUCUUCGGGACGGCUUUCAUACAAAUGUGUCGUAAAUUCAUACUUCUCUACAGAGGAACCGAUAGUACAUUUUUGUCUGCAUUUGUGGACACAGUGUUAGCACUGAUGGCAACCCUUCUGGUCCUCACAGACGCCAUACUUGUGACGAAAGGCUUCUCCGUUUGGUGUCAAUCAGUGGCCCAAAGUUGUGAGACGGCGUCCUCUGUUAUGGUGAUUGGGAAGGACUCAGACAUUGACCCCAAAGGCUUUUUUCUGGAACUCGGAUCAGUUCAGUUUGGCAUCUGGUCUCUACUGGUGUGUUGGGUACUGACACUAGUGUUGGCCUCCCGUAAGCUCUUCGUAUACCACGAGAGGGAGAAUAUGAUCGUAAGUAUGGCCCGCGAGAGGCACCGACACAUCGGAUCCGAUUAUACGCGACUCGAGACGUGAAUCGUUUGCAAUCCCCUUCACGAAUGGAUUGAAUUACUGUUUUUGUGUUGAUUUUAGUGUAACGAUUAAAUUCAUUCAAUGAUUGUGUAAAUAUUUAUCUUAACUUUUUGUUUCUAUUAAUAACAUUUCGAGAAUAAAUAAACAUAUUUUUAGAAUUUAAAUUAAA